AUGUAUGAUGGGAACGUUGAUCUACAUACGAAAUGAGCCUUAUCAAUAGGCAUUCCCGUGGAAGUCACAGGUCUAUACAUGGCUUGGAAACAGAACGGAAAGCUAUCAUGGAAGCAAGUGUAUCCCACAUAGAAACUUGCAGCUCAAGGAUUCAAGAUUUCAAAGUAUCUCUAUAUGCAGAUGAACUCCACUAGAGACUACAUCUUAGCGGACAAAUGUCUCUCUGAGCUAUACGUGUUUCAGAUGGAGAUCCAAGAAACUAGGACGAUUUUCCAUAACCCUAAAUUGGCCUUAAGCCUAAGGCAAAUCGCAGAGCACGGUACAAAAGCUUUUUACAAUGGCACUGUUGGGGUUAACCUUGUGAGAGAUAUCCGUAAAUUCGGAGGGAUAAUAACUUUGAAAAAUCUGCAAAAGAUAGAGUUUAAGGUUAAAAAACCAUUGUCAGUUGACAUUCUCGGAUACCGACUACUUGGUAUGCCUCUUCCUUCAUCCGGUGGUGCUGCAAUGAUACUUGUUUUGAACAUUCUUUCUGGAUAUGGGAUUCCAGCAGUUGUUUCGGGCCCUCUCGGGGUUCAUCGACUAGUCGAGGCUAUGAAACAUGCCUUCGCGGUUAGAAUGAACCUUGGGGAUCCGGAUUUUGUAGAUGUUACCAAGGUUGUAUCAGAUAUGUUGUCUCUAUAGUUUGCACAAGACUUGAAGAAAAAGAUAUACGACGAGAAAACCUUUGACCCAAAAUAUAACGGCGGCAAGUGAGAUCAGAUUCACGAUCAUGGGUUAAGCCAUUUGUCGAUUGUAGAUCACGAGAGGAAUGUUGUUUUGAUGAAUAGUACAAUAAACAAGUACUUUGAGGCAUUGAUUCUAUCACCAAUUAAGCUGAACAACGAAAUGGCAGAUUUCUCGAUCCCUAUGAAAUCCAGCGGCAACUAAAAAGUGCCACCGCCGGCACCAACGAACUUCAUCCAUUCGGGAAAACGACAUUUGUCCUCAAUGACACCUACCAUUGUACUCAAAGACGAUAAAGUGAAAGCCGUGGUUGGUGCAAGCGGAGGAUCGUACAUCAUCGCUGGAACAACAGAAGUUUUCUUGAAUCAUUUUUUCCUCAAGAUGGAUCCUCUUUCUUCCGUCUUGGCUCCAAGAAUCUACCAUCAGCUGAUACCAAACAUAGUUUCGUAUGAAAAUUGGACGACUGUGUUCAGUGGCCAUUUCGAGAUUCCUAAAGAGACAAGAGUUGUGUUGGAAAAGAAAGGCCAUGUCCUAGCGCCGAUCACCGGAGGUACGAUUGCUCAGUUCAUAGUUCAAGAAUCCGGUGCAAAUUCCAGCGGUAUGAGUGAGCUUGUGGCGGUAAGUGAUCCAAGAAAAGGAGGGUUCCCUUCAGGAUACUAA